GACUAAGUAAUAGUUUAAAUUCUCCUCUGUCGAGAAUAGGUUGUUUUCAAUAUGGACUUAUUUCUUACAAUUUGUACGUUUAUUUGUGUUAUUUUUGCUUCAGUUUACAUUUAUUUGUCAUGGAAUUUCGAAUAUUGGAGAAAAAGAAACGUAAAAGGUCCUCGUCCAAAACUUAUCUUCGGAAAUGUGCCAAGCCUUCUUAAACAUAAUCGUCAUAUGGCUCUUGAUAUGCAAGAAAUAUAUGAAAAAUAUAAAAACUCUGGUGAAAGAUUUGUUGGAAUUUUCAUGACUAGAAAUCCUCAAAUUUUGGUCAUCGAUCCAAAACUAUCUCGAGAAAUAAUGGUUACGAAUUUUAAGUCUUUUCGUGAUAAUGAACCUCAAUUGUGGGCCAAUCGAAGAGUUGAAGAAAUUUCGACAAGAAAUCCAUUUUUAAGCCUCACCACCGAAUGGAAGGAAAAACGAACUGAUGUCGUAGGAGGACUAAGUGCCAAUAGACUGAAAUCAGCUCUUCCAAUAAUUAUGGAAGCCUGCAGUAAAAUGACCGAUUUCGUGAGAAAUGAAACCGUUGAGUCCCGUAGUGUUAUUGAUAUAAAAUCUAUUUGCUACAACUACACACUAGAAGUCGUUGCUGAUUUCAUUUGGGGCCUAAAUGCCGGUGCUUUUCAAUCAAAGAAACCUGCAAAUCAAAUGCUUGAUAUGUCCCGAAGUUUGCUCGAAAACUCAUUUAAGGCAGUUGGCUUCUAUUAUGCAUCAGGAUUGGCACCGUUCAUAAGAAACUUCUCAUAUGUGCGUUUUUUCCCUGAGCAAACUGAAAAAUUCUUCAAACAAAUACAAAUGGAUGCAUUGGAAUUGAGAUUGAAAAGUAAAACAGAUCGUCCUGAUUUUCUAAAUUAUUUACUUCAAUUGCGAGAAAAGAAAAAUGUCAGCCAUUUGGAUAUGGUGGGACACAGUUUGACGGUUUUGUUGGAUGGAUUUGAGACAUCGGGGGCUUUGGUGUACCAUGCACUUUAUUAUUUAGCUGGAAAUCAAAAUGCUCAAAAUAAAUUGAGGCAAGAAAUCAUGGAAAAUCUGGACGAAAAUAGGGGAGUGUCUUAUGAUGUUCUGAUGGAGCUUCCGUACUUGGAUCAGUGUGUUAAUGAAACUAUUCGAUUGAUAUCUCCAAUUCCAGUAUUCUCAAGGCGCUGCAGUGAGCAGACAUUUUUAGAAAACUCUGCAAACAGCAAGGUGCAGAUUGAUCCUGGAAUGAUAUUGCACAUUCCAAUUUACGCUAUUCAUCAUGAUCCCGAAAUUUAUCCAAAUCCCAAGGAAUUCAAUCCUGAAAGAUUCAACGAAGGCUUGGCUAAGGAUUUAGGUCAAAGAGGAUGUUUUUUACCAUUUGGUGAUGGCCCGAGAAUUUGUGCAGGAAUGAGACUUGGACAGUUAGAAAGUAAGGCUGGUAUUUUUGAAAUUAUCAGAAAUUUCAAAUUGACUUUAAGGAAGGGCGAUAAUAAGUUGGAGCACGUUGAUCCAAAUGCAUUUAUUAUCGGUUUGGCUGGUGAUUUGCUUGUUGAGUUUGAAUGUAUCAAAUAGAGAAAUAAUUAAUAAAAGAAUCUUUUGAAAAAACAUU